AUGACUACACCGCUUGAUCCCCACAAAGACCAAGACCAAGUCGCUCAUUACUCCUCAAACUGGUAUCCGCCGCGAUUACAGAGCCAAUACCGCCUGAUCCCCACAAAGACCAAGACGAAGUCGCUCAUGACUCCUCAAGCCUGUAUUACAGAGCCAAGACCGUUGGCUACAUUGAUCCAGCAAAGACAUGGACGAAGACGAGGACAAAGAAGACCGACAAGACCAAGACGAAGACGGAGAAAGGAAGUAAAAAGGCCAAAGCUCGUCACACUCCUCGCCUGCCAUUCGUCUGCAGCUCGCGUGUGCCCUCGACAAGCACCGCCUGGCACUGCCUGCAGAGCCUCGACGACCCGCGGUUGCGAAUCACGUACUCGUUCCAGAUGCCCUCCUUGCAGCCGCCCCGGGAAGGGUAUCGCGCUCGCUGGGCAUCGAAACAAAGCGGCGUGCUGUCGCGCCCCAGCUCAGUGUGGCCCGGACAGGUGGGACAUGGAAGAAGCCAGAUGA